AUGGCGACCUUUGUGUCUUCCCAUAAAAUUCGCCAGGUCGUCGUUGGAGGCCCAAAGGAGGCAAAAUGGUUGCCUAGGUCGUUCCAAGGUGGUACACAGGAGGUUCAGACAUCGCCAUGGUCGCCUUUGGCCUGUGAUCCUUUCUUGUGUACAUCCGCGCCAAAUGGUGCAUACUUCUGUGAUCCUGCUGACAGCGCUUCAUACUACCGUUGUGAAUACGACAAACCCAGACACUUUACCUGCGGUCCUGGUACCUUUUUUGACGGCCGCGUGUGCAACGUUCCUCAGCAUGCAUGCAUAACUUACCCUGCACCCGACACGUCACCAGGCACGGUCAUCAACGGGAUCUGUAAAGCCACUGCAGUGUCAGGUGACGCCGCAACAACAACGACAACCGGAAGUGCGGGUAUCGGAACCACUGCUGCAACAGGAACUUCACCGCUACCGAACACUGAUGCUGCGGAACAUGGAGUAUUAUGGCAGCGGUAUAAAAGACGUCUAAAUAUGAAGAGUGCAUGCGCAGUUUUCAAGGAGUACCCCGUGGCCACGCCCAUAUCAUGUGCGUCUAAAUGUACGAUGUCGGGAACCUGUACGGGGCUCAGUCUGUACACACACCCAUAACGUGACACCCACACUACGGUAUGUGUGUCAACUCGUAGCCUGUCCGGGUGAUCAUUUGCUUGCUCUCGCAGCAGAAUGUGCCUUUUAUGACCAAAUAUGACGUUGUUAUCGGUCACUUGUGAUGUCACUUAAUAAAGGAUGUUGUUGAUCAUCAGAAAAUAUAUUCAUGUAAAGUACUCUCUGAAUAGGUUUGU